CAAAACAGCUAAAAUGCUUUAUUAUUUCAAGACCUUAGACCCAAACCAUAAAGGUAACCACAUCUUAAAGCUUUCCUCCCACAAGCUAAGUGUUUUAAGUUGGAUACAAAAUGUGAUUAUGAACGCCUAAUGAUUUCAUUGAUGACUAAAAUAGCAAAAAUUCCACGUAUAAUUCCCAUAGGAUUUUAUUCGUUCAUUGGAAGCUUUUACCUCGCAUUAUACAAUUCCAGCUGCUGAAGUAUUAUUCGGAUAAAGUUUGACAUAUCUCAGGUAGAGUAACAAUUUCAGUGGAUGCUUUAAGAGUUCGGUUGAAUGAUGCUCCUUGAUAAAGAUACAUUGGAUUUUGGGGAGAGAAGAUAUCGAGAUAAUCCUCGUGGUGCCUCAUCUUGAUUCUCCGCCUACGGGCACCUGUCUUUGUUGUUAAACAUUAAUGGAAUAACUGUUUCAUGACAGACCAGAGAUGUUUUACACAGAAAUGUUGGAUAAUAAGAACGCCAAUUAGUAAAGCUGACGAAAGGAAUAUAUAGAUUUUGACUAUGGAACCUUUCCGAACAGUAUUACUUCUGGUUCUACAAAUUCAUUUAACAAUUUGUCAACUGACCCUGUUAAAAGAAAAUGAAUAUUUCUGCGGCAACAAGCCAGCAGAUAUAGUUAUCUUGCUUGAUUCCUCCAAUAGUAUCUGGGGUCCAAACUUUCGGACACAGAUUGACUUUGUAAAAAACGUGACGUCUAUGUUUGACAUUGGAACAAACACCACCCGUGUCGGUGUUGUGACGUACAACACUGACGUUGUAGAGGAAAUAGGACUUGGUGACUACACCAACAAAUCAGAUCUCCUUCGUGCCAUCAACAACAUACAGCAAAGAGAGGGUUAUAAUACACACACAUUUCAAGCCAUAAAAUAUAUGCGUAAACGAAUGUUUAAGAAAACUUUCUUAGAAAGAGGAAAUGCUGCCAAAAUCGGUAUUAUUGUCACAGAUGGGCAGUCGUCCAAUGUUCUGUUAACUAUAUGGGAAGCUGCAAAGACAAAGCGGAGAGGCAUCCGCCUUUUUACGGUUGGUAUUGGGGAUAACACAAAUUCCCGAGAACUUAAAGGAAUUGCCAGUAAACCUGGGAGCGAUCAUGUUUUCAAAAUUGACAAUUUUGGAGCCUUAGAUUCCAUCAGACAAAUUUUAGCAGUUCGUACUUGUGAAGUUAUACCUGAAACCACAACUACGACCACCACAACUACAACAACAACUACAACAACCACACCUACUACAACUACUACAUCUACUUCAACAACCACGCCAACAACAACAACAACACCCACUACAACAACAACGCCCACAACAACAACCACACCCACAACAACAACAACGCCCACUACAACAACCACACCCACAACAACAACCACACCCACAACAACAACAACGCCCACUACAACAACCACACCCACUUCAACAACAACGCCCACUACAACAACCACACCUACUACAACAACUACGCCCACUACAACAACCACACCUACAACAACAACCACACCAACUACAACAACCACAACUACUACAGCCACACCUACAACAACAACGACACCCACCACAACAACUACGCCCACUACAUCAACCACACCUACUACAACGACACCCACCACAACAACAACGCCCACUACAACAACUACGUCCACUACAACAACCACACCCACCACGACAACUACGCCUACUACAACAACCACACCCACCACAACAACUACGCCCACUAUAACAACCACACCCACCACAACAACUACGCCCACUAUAACAACCACACCUACUACAACAACUACGCCCACUACAACAACGACCACACCUACUACAACGACCACACCUACUACAACACCCAAGCCUACUACUACAACCACACCCACCACAACCACAACAACAGCAACCACAACAACCACAUCCACCACAACAACCACGCCAACUACAGCCACUACGCCUAUCACAACAACACAUACUACAGCAACCCUGCCUAAUACAACUCCAAAACCUACAACGACCACUCCAACUACAACAACCACUACACCGUUUACAACGACAACAGCAGCGGCGACGACAUCAACACCGACUACAACAAUACCAACGACAACAACAACAACAUCGUUCAUACAAUUUGUCAGACAAGCAUGCGCCGGAGAUAAAAAUGAUAUUAUGAUAGCUAUAGAUUCCUCAAAUAAUGUACGGGACUACGAAUUCCGCUUACAACUUAAAUUUGUGGAGGAAUUAGCCAGAAAUAUGAACCAUCAGACACACAGUACUCAUAUUGCUGCAAUAUCAUAUAGCACUGUCAUUAGCAGCAUUGUGAGUCUUGGCGAUUCCCAAAAUAUUGGUAAUAUCGAAGAAAGAUUAAAGCAUGCAAAUAGAACUUAUGGCAGAGGAAGAGUAGACGAAGCUAUCCGAUACAUAAGGACAAAGGGAUUCCGAAGAAGCACGACGAGAAAGGAUGCUACACAAAUAGGCAUUAUUAUAACCGCUAGCCCUGGAACUGUUAAGUCCAUUCGAAAGUCAAAGAGACAAGCCUCAAAAGCAAGAUUUACUGGGAUUAUUCUCAUUGCUGUGGGGAUUGCUGAUAUUAAUACAGAAGAACUAAAAGCAAUUGCAGGUACUUCAGACGGAAGUCUGCAAUAUCACUUUCCAUCGGCUAGAUACCUCUCUGGAAAUCUGGCAAAUUUGGCACAUGAAAUUUGUACAAUUGAUAGAAACUCUGUCAAAGCACUGUCAGAUAUGUCAUGUGGCUCAAGACAGGAGGCAGAUUUUAUGUUUAUGUUGGAUGGAGUAAAUGCCGGAAAAACCAAUACCCGAAAGAUUUUAGCUUUUAUACAAGACUUAAUGAAGGACGUAGACGUUGGAUCCAGAAAGGUGCGAGUAGGUGUCGUGUCGACGCAGCCAGAGUGUGGGGAAGACUUUGCUGGAUUUAACCUCAAUACCUACAAACAUAACAAAAAACUAAAUCGCGCUUUAGGAAAAGUUAAAGGUGCGGAUGUAUCAGCCGUUUUGAAAAAGUUAAGACAAAAUAUGAUCUCACGGGCCAAAGGAGGAAGAAGAGGUGCAAAAAAGGUCGCCAUUUUAUUUAUAGAUGAAGGACUAGAAGACCCAGUAAAGGCCUUCUUAGAGGCAGAGAGGGCCAGCAUUCAGGGAAUUGAAGUUUAUAUUGUAAAAGUUGGCAAAGAUCUUUCCAUCGAGAAUGAUAAGUUCGGACAAAUGAUGAAUGAUGAAGGUCUUAAACAAAACAAUGUCUAUCACCUUUCAAAUUAUGAUGAUCUGCCAAACAUUAAACAGAAGAUCUGGUACAAUAUGUGUGAUGAGCUGUGAUCGGAUGUGAGAUGCACACUUGGACUGGGACCAAUGAGAUACACUAGACCUAUAAUCAUGAACAGAGGAUCACAGAGAUGUGCGAUUCAGAACUUACUGCACAUGCUGUCUAAUAACAUAUUUGUUACAGAAACAGACAGUACUAAGUGUUCUAAACGCCUGCAAAUAUUAUGUAUGAAAAAUGCAAAAUCUGGACAGGCUAAAUAAAGAAAAAGAUAAAUAUUUCUACCAAGAAUGCUGCCUGUAUCAGUGCAUGACAUCACAUUAUUCAUGUGUGACAUAUAUGUCAAAAGAAAUGGUAAGUAUUUAUCACAAGGAAAAUCCCCUUACAAUUAAUAUGUAUGCAUGUGAUAUUGUUUGUAUGUGAUAUUGUUUCUAUGCAAUACAAACUGUUUAUUGCAAUCUGUAUUGAUAAAUGUGAAUAUUGAAAGAAAGAAUGCUUUGUGUAAAUGAAAUUGUAUGGAUGCGAUUAUUUUAUGUUGAAAAAAGGGCUGUUGCAUGAUUCACCUUCGCUAUUUUUAUACAUUCUGUUUAAAACAUCUGUCUUUCUACAUAUUUUUACAACUUUUGCAAAUGUUUAAUAAAAUGAAAGUCUGUUUAGUUUUCUUUUCA